AUGAAAUAUCUAAAAAUAUUAAUAAUUGUUACAAUUUUUUUUUUUUUAUUAAUAAAUGUGAUUAAUUGUAUUGAUAGAAAAGAGAUAGUACAAAAAGAAGUGAAAAUUAAAUUUAAAAAUUUAAAAUCCACAUUAAUAAAGAAAUAUAGUGAAUCAAAUAUGGAAAAAAUUCAAAAACAUUUAAAACAUAUAUUGGUUGAAAGAGUUGCCGAUACUCCAAACCAUAAAAAAGUUAGAGAAUAUAUAAUAUCACAAUUUGAUCAACUCUAUUGGGAUAUUGAAUUGGAUUCAUUUAAAGAUAAUACUCCAUUUGGUGAGAAAACUUUUACAAAUAUAAUUGUAACAUCAAAAUUUGUUAAUGAUGAUGAUGAAGAUGAUAUUGACACAAAAGAAAGCAAUGGUAACAUAUCAAGUGAACCACCAAAAACAUUAGUACUAUCAGCUCACUAUGAUUCUAAAUAUUUUAAAGAAUUUAAAUUCUUUGGUGCAACUGAUUCCGCUGUUCCUUGUUCAAUGUUAAUAGAUUUAGCAAUUUCUUUACAAUCUGAAAUUAAAAAAUCAAAGAAAAAAUUAAUGAUUAUAUUUUUUGAUGGUGAAGAAGCAUUUAAAGAAUGGAGUGACACAGAUUCAUUAUAUGGUUCCAGACAUUUAGCAAAUUUAUUAUUGGAUAAAAAAGUAAUUACCAAAGAUAAUGAAGAUUUACCAAUUAGUAGUAGUUUUUAUAAUACAGUUGAGGCUUUUAUAUUAUUGGAUUUAUUGGGUACUCCAAAUCCAAGAUUUUAUAUGUUUAAUAAAAAAACUGAAUCAUUAUUUAAAAAAUUAUCUGAUAUUGAAGAUAAAUUAUCUUUAAAAAGAUUUAUAAGUCCAAAAGCAAAUAAAUACUUUCAAAAUCAUUUUAUUGGUUCAGAUAUUCAAGAUGAUCAUAUACCAUUUUUAAACUAUGUACCAACAUUACAUAUUAUUCCUUACCCAUUUCCAAAUGUUUGGCACACUGAAAAAGAUGAUGAAUCUUGUUUAGAUAAAAAUACAAUUGAAGAUUUAUCAAAAAUAUUUAAAAUAUUUGUUGGUUCUUAUUUAAUAUAA